GUAAACACACAAGAUGGCGUGUUGUCACGGCAGAGCAGGAUGAUCUGGUCCGGGGGCCGCGGUGGAGCUGCAGGGCGGCGCCAGUGUUGCUGACCUGAAGAGCCUGGUGGGGGGUCAACACGGGGUCCGACCCGAGCCACUCCGGGUUCUCUUCGCGGGUAAAGAGCUGCCCAGCUCAGCCACGCUGCAGGUCGGGCCGGGUCAGGCUCAGACGCGGGUUUGUAAACUGCUAUGGUGACGUCACAAGUGGACCUCUGCCUUGGUCAGGAGUGUGAGCUGCCUGAGCAGAGCACCGUCCAUGUGGUGCUGCCCCGACAGGUUCCCACCUCCUCACCUGGACCGCUCCUGAAUCCAGUAGGAUCAAGUGUAUCAGAGGAGCCUGAUGAUGACCCGGAUGGAAGGAGGAACUGCAGCUCACUCUUUGUCUUCUGCAAGACAUGUGGCUCCAUCCAGCCGGGGAAGCUGCGGGUUCGCUGUCUCAGCUGCCGCCAGACGACGCUGACGGUCACCAGGGAACCCAGCUGCUGGGAGGAUGUUCUUCUUCCUGCUCGGAUCAGUGGGGUGUGUCAGUCGGAAGGCUGCCAUGGAAACCAGGCGGAGUUCUUCAUGAAGUGCGCCUCACAUCCGACGGCAGACGCCGACGUCUCCGUUCCUCUUGAUCUGAUUGUGAAGAACACAAAGGAGAUUCCGUGCAUCGCCUGCACUGACGUCAUGGAUCCGGUCCUGGUUUUCCAGUGUGCAGACAAGCAUGUGCUCUGCUUGCACUGCUUCCAUGCUUACUGCGACACCCGCCUGAAGGAGCGCCAGUUUGUUUACCAUCCUGUGAUCGGCUACUCGCUCCCCUGCGCAGCGAGAUGCGAGAACUCGCUGAUCAAAGAACAUCACCAUUUCCGGAUCUUGGGAGACGAGCAGUAUGGGCGGUACCAGCAGCUCGCGGCGGAGCAGCACCUGCUGUCCAGCGGCGGCGUCUUGUGUCCGUCUCCUGGCUGCGGUGCGGGGCUCCUGCCAGCAGAUGGCAGCAGAAUGGUGCGGUGUGACGCCAGGACGGGCUGUGGCUUCGUUUUCUGUAGAACCUGCAGGCUCCAGUACCACGAGGGGCCCUGUCUGAGUGCGGCUGCUCUGGCCCUAGAUGACGCGGCACAGAGCUUCACAGUGGAAACGGCGGCAGCAGCCAGAGGUCGCUGGGAGCAGGAGUCGCUCUUGGUCAUCCAGCAGACGACCAAGCGGUGCCCGAGCUGCUCGCUUCCUAUUGAGAGAGACGGUGGCUGCAUGCACAUGCGCUGUCCCCAGUGUGGCGAGAACUGGUGCUGGUUCUGUGGCCUCACCUGGACCAACACAUGCAUGAGCCGUCACUGGUUCGGCUGAUGGCAAAGACGACUCAGAGUAAAUUCAUAUUUCCAAACGACAAGUGACUCUUUUGCUUUUAUUACGAGGCGCUUCAGGCUACUUUGAGCGUACUGAAGAAGCUGUCCAGAACCUG